AUGAAUAGUCGCCUUGAUAAAAACUCUACCGCUGUCAGGAAGCGCAUAGAAGAGCACCACUUUGACGAUGAGCAUGGCGAGGAAUAUGAAGCCAGCGCCUUUGGCGGUUUUCCAGAAUACUUCCGCCGCAAGAAGAUCAAGCUGCAGAAUCUCGACUCCGAGCUGAGGGCGGCAUCCGCGGACAAGCCAAAAAUCUUCAAGGGCGUGGUGGCGCAUGUCACAGGCUAUACUCAACCACCACUCCACGUGCUCCAUCAUGAUCUCGUGUCACAUGGAGCAGGUUUCAUCCAGUAUCUGGACGGGAAGACCAUGGCGACACACAUCAUCGCCUCCAGCCUCCCCCCCAAGAAGUCAGUCGAGUUCAACAAGUACCGCAUAGUCAAACCCGCCUGGGUCACCGACUCGAUAAAGGCGGGAAAGCUGCUUCCAUGGAACGACUACCGAGUUCUUGAUGAGGGCGCGCGACAGAAAACCCUGAAGUUCGAUGAUGGGAGCCUGUCGACACAAUCUCGUUCACAGCAGACUCCCGCGAGAUACAGGGAACAGACCGACAAUAGUUUCUACACAAGCCAGCUGCGCACUUUUGCGGAGGCCAUCGAUGGGAAAUCUAGCGAUAAUGACAAGAUCACGGCACAUUCCCCACGCACUUCAGCCAUCGCCAGUUCAGAUGACUGGGGCGGUCCACCUCAAGCACCUGCAAAGAAAGUAACGCCUGUGCAACCGCUGGGCGAGAGCGAACGCGCGGAAGACUCGGUUGCCGCAACGGAUAACCACGACCGGACCCCUGACUUCCGAACCGAAGCAGACUCCAAGCGUGAUGCCAGCAGUGCACCCGUCGCACCAGCGGACCAGAUGACAUCUGAGGAACACAAUGCAAUGCUUCUUCAGGAUCCGCACAUGAGGAAGUCUUCUACGGCAAACCCGGCCUUCCUGCAGCAGUACUAUUCCGAGAGUCGACUUCACCACUUGUCCUCGUGGAAAGCCGACCUCAAGUCUCGUAUGCAGAAAUUGGCUGCCGAAAAGGGACUUGGGGCGAAAGUCGGGAAGCGGAAACCUGGCUCCCGACGGUACGUCCUGCACGUUGAUUUUGACAGCUUUUUCUGCGCUGUCUCACUGAAGCGUGCCCCGGAGUUUGCGGACAAGCCGGCCGUUGUAGCGCACGGGAACGGCAGUGGCUCCGAAAUAGCAAGCUGCAACUAUCCGGCCAGAAAAUUCGGAGUAAAGAACGGCAUGUGGAUGAAAAGGGCAAAGGAAUUGUGCCCGGAUCUCAAAGUACUUCCAUACGAUUUUCCAGCUUAUGAAGAGGCAAGCGCGCUAUUCUAUGAAUGUAUACUGGAGACAGGAGGGGUCGUCCAGAGUGUUAGCAUCGAUGAGGCUCUCGUCGAUGUAACAUCGGUGAUCCUGGCCGCUUGCGGUUCUGACGGCACGGGCGUGGACGAGGGGAGCAUCUGGCGCGAGCAGGAUAAAGCUGACGAGAUCGCCGCAUCUCUAAGAACGAGAAUCAAAGCAAAGACGGCGUGCGAGGUUUCCGUUGGCGUAGGCAGUAAUAUCCUGCUUGCUAAAGUGGCGCUACGAAAGGCGAAACCCGCGGGACAGUAUCAGAUCAAGCCGGACGAGGUCCUGACCAUUCUUGGAGGGCUUAAAGUCGAUGACCUACCUGGUGUUGCCUACAGCAUUGCAGGCAAGUUGGAAGAGAUCGGCAUCAAAUUCGUCGACGACAUUCGUCAAACCUCGAAAGAGCGUCUUAUCGGCACUCUGGGCCCAAAAACUGGCGAGAAGCUCUGGGAAUAUGCACGGGGCAUAGACAGGGUCGAAGUUGGCGAUCAGGUGGUCCGGAAGUCCGUCUCGGCGGAAGUCAACUGGGGCAUCCGCUUCAUCAACCAGGAGGAAGCCGAGGAGUUUGUCUACAAUCUGUGCAAGGAGCUCGAAAAACGGCUUGUCAAUGAGCAGGUGAAAGGCAAACAGCUCACUAUGAAGAUCAUGCGACGAUCACUGGAUGCACCUCUCGAUCCGCCCAAGCAUCUUGGACAUGGCAAGUGCGACACAUUCAAUAAAAGCACAUUAUUCGGCGUUGCUACUCAUGAUUAUCGGAUUCUUGGGAAAGAGGCCGUGUCCAUCCUGAGAUCCUACAAGUUUAGUCCUGGCGAUCUUCGAGGCCUGGGAGUCCAGUUGACCAAGCUCGAGCCUAUCAAAGCCAUGAUGCAUGGAGCCGACAGCAGCCAGAAAAAGCUCAAUUUCGGCACUUUCCGCACGCCGGCCGUGCCGAAGCGAGCUGAUGAGGAACAAAUACAGGACAUUAACAACGACCGUGUUCCAAGCCUGUCUCCGAGCCGAGCUGCAGCACAAGAUCCCAUACAAGAUGGACCAAUCACGCCCAAAAAGCCGAAAGGGCAUCCUGCAUUACAGUUUGUCAAAGCAAGGGGAGAAGAUCUCAAAGCCAACACGCCACUGAAUCUUGGAGGCACGCAAUUCAUCAUCCCUACUAAUCCAGAUCCAGCUGUGCUAGCGGAGCUUCCGCAAGACAUACGAAGUCGGCUACUUGCUCAACAUGACCGUGCCUCCAGGUCUCGAGAGGCUACACCCGCCGCCGAGUCUGGAGCGAGUACGUCCCUCACAACAUUCCGGGUGCCAGAUGGUCUCGACCCGGAAGUUUUCCACGCGCUUCCAGACGACAUGAAAGCGGAAGUGCUAGCCUCAUAUGCUCGAGAAAACCAGCCUAACUCCCGGCCCCAGUCUCCCAGAAAGGAUCGACUGAUUACUACCACCAAGAAGACGACGCCAACCAAACGUCGUGUUCCUGGGCUCUUCGCACGCACAAAGGAAAGGCAGGCUGAUGCGUCAGCAAGGGUCGUGCAGACAAGCUUGCCAAGCAACGGAGAAUCUCUGUUUGGGAUAGACGACGUAGAAGAGUUGGACCCAGAGAUCCUGGCUGCUUUACCUGCAGAUGUGCGCAAAGAGGUCAUUGCCGAGCACCGGCGCAAGAAAGCCCAGCGCUCUGGAUUAGAUCUCAAAAUCAACCAGAGAAAGCUGCAAGACAUAGACGGCAUGGAUGAUGCUCUGCAAGGGGGCCAGAUGAGACUGCACUUUCCAGCUCGGCCUACCAAGGUGGCUUUUACUAGCGGAGGCCUCAAAACUCUCGUUGAGAUUCGCGACAUGCUGACCGUCUGGUUCAACGAGACACAGGCCGAUGGACCACACCAACGGGAUGUCGAAAUGUUGGAAAAGUACCUCGUCAAGGUCGUUCUGGAGGAAAAGGACAUGGGAAAAGCGGUCAAGCUCGUUAAGUGGCUCGAUUUCUUGGCGGAUGACAGCGAAGAUGUCGCUGCCAAGGGCAGGGGGGUUUGGAUGCAAGUUGUACAGAAACUCAGGACAGACCUGGACACUGCCAUGAAGUGUAGGGGCCUGGGUUCCCUGAACUGGUCAUGA